CCCCUUGUUUCCACGCCCAGUGAUCUGUGGGAUAGUGGCAGUAUAAAGUAUAUCCUCCCUCAGAAAGAGAUAAGGAGCUAAGGCAAGAGAGGGAUGAAGAUGGCGGACGCUAAGCAGAAGAGGAACGAGCAGCUGAAGCGGUGGCUGGGCUCGGAGACCGACCUCGAGCCGCCUAUACUAAAGAAGAAGAAGACGAAGGUGAAGUUCGACGACGGCGCCGUCUUCCUGGCCGCCUGCUCGAGCGGCGACACCGAAGAGGUGCUGCGAUUGCUAGACCGGGGCGCAGACAUCAACUACGCCAAUGUGGAUGGACUCACUGCCCUCCACCAGGCCUGCAUAGAUGACACUGUGGAUAUGGUGAUGUUCCUUGUGCAAAAUGGAGCCAACAUCAACCAGCCCGACAACGAGGGCUGGAUCCCACUGCAUGCCGCAGCCUCCUGCGGGUACAUGGACAUCGCAAAGUACCUCAUUAGCCAUGGAGCCAAUGUGGGCGUGGUCAACAGUGAAGGAGAGACACCAUUGGACAUCGCGGAGGAGGAGGCCAUGGAGGAGCUGCUGCAGAAUGAAAUCAACCGGCAAGGGGUGGACAUCGAGGCGGCGCGGAAGGAGGAGGAGCGAGUCAUGCUGCGGGACGCGCGCCAGUGGCUGAACAGCGGUCAGAUCGCCGACAUGCGGCACACCAAGUCCGGCGGCACGGCCAUGCAUGUGGCGGCAGCCAAGGGCUACGCCGAGGUUUUAAAGCUUUUAAUCCAGGCAGGUUAUGAUGUAAAUAUUAAGGAUUUUGACGGUUGGACUCCGCUCCACGCUGCUGCCCACUGGGCGAAGGAGGAAGCGUGUCGGAUUCUGGUGGAGAGCCUGUGUGACAUGGACACUGUAAACAAAGUGGGCCAGACAGCCUUUGAUGUAGCAGACGAAGAUGUCCUCGGUCACCUAGAAGAACUACAGAAGAAGCAGAGCCUGCUUUCGAGCGAAAAGCAGGACAAGAAGUCACGCCUAAUUGACGAGACGACCAAUAAAGUGGACAACACGCAGCCAAAGCCACUUAAUCCUCCCAGCAAAAAUUUGGUGCUAGAGCCCCUGGAGUCGGAGAAGAUGGACGAGGAAGAGGAGGUCAAGAAAGACGAGUCCAGCUGCUCCAGUGAGGAGGAGGAGGAGGAAGACUCCGAGUCUGAGACCGAAGCUGACAAGAGCAAAACCCCUGCCCCCACCAGCACUGCCAACAGCUCCGUGCCAGCCAGCGUGAUGGUGACCUCCCCGACCAGCCCCGCCCAGCCCGUGACUCCUACCUCCCCCAUCAAGAAGUUUGCACCUGCAGGCGGGAAAACCUCCUCCAAAGAUGAGUCUCCAUCCUCAUGGCGCCAAGGCCUGCGUAAGACGGACAGCUAUGGGGCGCUGUCGGAGAUCACGGCCGCCCGGGAGGCCCAGAGGAAGGAGGAUCUGGCGGGGGUGACCCGCUCCGCCUCCAGCCCCCGCCUCUCAUCCACCCUGGACAACAAGGACAAGGAGAAGGACAAAGGGACGCGAUUCGCGUACAUCAUGCCCACGAUCCCGUCCCGAAGGAGCACAACUGACAUGGACGAGAAGGAGAACCGGGACUCUCCGGCCAGCCUGGUGCGGAGCAGCUCGUACACCCGGAGGCGCUGGGACGACGAUGGCAAGAGCAGCGACACCAGCACCUUACCGAACAGGACCCCCAGCUAUCAGCGCAGCCUGUCCCACACGCUGACCGUGACCCGCUCUAGCAGCGUGCGCGACGUCCCCACAAAGUCGUCGUCCGCCACCAACCUGGACCCUAACUCCUGUAACUCUAAGCCCUGGCAGCUGACGUCCUCACUCAACCAGUCUUACAGCAUUCCCAGAAGCAGCUCCUUCGGAAGGAGGCAGGACGACGGCGUGAGCUCCGGCAUCACCUCGCCAGCCACCACCUCCUCCGUCACGUCGCCCCGGAGCCUGGUGUCCGGCUUGGGCUCCCGCUCCGGCUCCUCCAGCAGGUUCUGGUCAGAAGAGGGUAUAAAUAAGGAGAAGGAGCCGGAAAAGGAGUCUGCGGCAGUCAUCCCCACCAUUGUGCACACAGCAUCGGUCACCUCGGGGACCUCCUCCACCACCGGCACUAUCACGUCCUCCGACAGCAAGGAGAGACGCAGGUCAUACCUCACCCCCGUCCGGGAUGAGGAGUCAGAGUCUCAGAGACGAGCACGCUCCAGACAGGCGAGGCAGUCGAGGAGAUCGACCCAGGGUGUGACACUGACCGACCUCCAGGAGGCCGAGAAGACCAUCGGCCGGAGUCGGCCCACGCGGACCCGUGAGGACGACAAGGAGGAGAAGCAGGACAAGGAGAAGCAGGAGGAGAAGAAGGAGCCCGAAACCAAAGAGGACGACUACCGGUGGAGGUACCGCAGCUUGGAGGAGCGCUACAGACCCUCCGCCACCUCCAGCACCACCUCCAGCACCACCGCGCUCUCCACAUCCUCCCUCAGUCGGCCCAACAGCCUAAGUGGCAUCACCUCGCCCUACAGCCGUUCCACCAGAGAGGGCGCCAAAGAGGGUGACAGGAAGGAUGAGGAGAAGGAGGCAGAGGACAAGUCCCAGCCGAGGUCCAUACGGGAGCGGCGGCGGCCGCGGGAGAAGAGGCGCUCCACGGGAAUGUCCUUCAGUGCCCAGGAUAGCGACGAGAAUGACCUGGAGCAGCAGUCCGAUUCAGAGGAUGGCAGCAGUCGCACGGAGCCCCAGAGUGAUCGACUUUCAAGGAAUGACUGUAAUGUGACGACCACAUCCUCGACUGACCGCUACGACCACCUCAACAGCCGGGGGGUCAGGCAGUCGUACUUGAACAGACUGGAGAAGGAGGACACCACAGACUACAAAAAGCUUUACAUACAGAUCCUAGCUGAAAACGAGAAGCUGAAAGCACAGCUACGUGACACGAACCUGGAACUGGCAGACUUGAAGCUACAGCUGGAAAAGGCAACGCAGAGGCAGGAGCGCUUUGCUGAGCGGUCACAGCUGGAGAUGGAGAGGAGGGAGAAAAGGGCUCUAGAAAGAAAGAUCUCUGACAUGGAAGAAGAGCUGAAGAACCUCCAGCAGGUAAAGCAGGUUCAGGCUCUGCGGAAGCUUAACGAGCAGCUUGUGGCUGAAAACAGGGCGCUGGCGCGUGUGGUGGCCAGACUCACAGAGUCCUGUAGCCAGCCGUGCGCGGCCGACUCGUAGCCACGCCCCCUCCCCAUUCUCCAUUCUCACUCUGCCCGCCCGUGCACAUAGACAGACGCUGCCAGACCUGAAAGCAGACAACCAGAGACUAAAGGACGAGAAUGGAGCACUGAUCAGAGUAAUUAGCAAACUUUCCAAGUAGACUGGUUUCCCCACCUGGGUGGCAGCAGGCGGC